AUGAGAAGUGUUUGGAUGGACAAGCUCCUCCUUGCUCUCGCUGUCACCGGUGCCCUCUUCAUGUCCAAUGGGGUUGGCGUCGCCGCCACACCACAAACGACAUGCAAGGCAGCGGCCAACAUUGACAAGCGCGUCAACUAUGAUUUCUGUGUGUCGCAGCUGCUAGAUCACCACGAGAGCAGCGAGGCCGACACAUGGGGCCUCGCCAAGAUCGCCGCCUUGAUGGGAGCCAACAACGCCGCUCAUGCCAAGGCCGACAUCGACGCCUUGCUAGCAAAGCCGGGCACCGGAGACCAGAUGAAGCGUUUGCUAGGGCAGUGCAAGGGCUUGUAUGAUCGCACGUUCAUGACGUUCGUCUACGCGCAUGAGGAGCUUAAGAAGCGCAGAUACGCCUCGGGCAAAGAGAAGGCGGCGGAGACUGUGGCGCUGGUGCACCAGUGUGAUGAGGCCUUCGUGGAAGCUCGAGUCCGCUCGCCGCUCACCAAGCAAAGUGCGGACUCCGUGCAGCUGGCCAUCAUCUGCACGGCCAUCACCAACCUCAUCAAGUGA